UGUUUAAAUAAACAAAAUAAAAGAAUGCAAAUCAACAAAAUUACAGCAUUAAUUUUUAUCACAUCAUCAUAUCGAAAGUAAAUUGUGGCUACGGAAAAUUUUCCAAUUUCAAUCAAAUAUAAUUACAUUAUAUUUCGGUCGCGUUAAACCAUUCAUCAAUUUUUCAAUAUCGACAUAAUAAAACACAUAUAAUACGCACACAAUGGAUACAAACAUGAAUAAAUUUGAUGAAUCUUUGUAUACGAUCGAACAAGUAAAACAAUUAUUUCAUUGUUUAGAUAAUAAUGAUGAAAAUUUAUUGAAAAAAUUCUGUGAUUUUCUCAACAAUUCAUCCGAUGAUGUAUUCACUAUUCAUGAUUCUGUCACAAAAACUGUUUCAAAUUCAACAACAACAAAUUUUUCCUCAAAACAUUUACGAUCAAAAACAUUCCUAAAUGGUGAAUGUGAACCAAAUGAAACUUUCGAAUCGGAUGUUGAAUUCAAUAGAAUCAUAUCAUCAUUAUCAAACAAUAUUCGGAAUAUCCAAAUGGAAUUCAAUGAGAACAAAAAUUCAACCAACUGUGAAGUAAUUAAUUCAUUUUUUUCAAAAUCUAAUUUGAUUCAAUGUGAUCUAGUCAAGAUUAAAAAAUUUCUAGUUCUUAAAGCUGCAUCAAGCAGUGAACGAAAGAAAAGUCGAAAAGAUUCUACAUCCUGCCAAUCUACUUAUAAUGGUUAUAUUAAUCAAAUAAUGAGCAAUAGAUUUUUGUUCCUACAAUUAGUACAUUUUGAAUGUAUCAUUUUCCAUUAUUUGAAAUGUAUUCAACAAACAUUUCCAACACGUAGUACAUUAUCACAAGAUGUGUUAUUAUCUCAACUACAAUGUUUAUUUCGAAGUUAUUAUGCAUUGAUAAUCAAACUUUCUUAUGAAUCACAAUUUGUUCAAUUAGUACGAAUAUUACAUCAGCAAUCCUCAACAAUUACUUCGGGUAUUUUGUGUCAAUAUUUUGAAUUGAUCGAUAAUAAAUUGAAUCAUGAAAAUUCGGGCAAUAAUAAACAACAACAGGAAAUAUUAGAUUCAAUCAUUAACAAUAGAUCCAUUGUGAUCAUUUUGGAUUAUGUGAUUAUUUUGAAUCGAUUAGAAUUGUCAUGUUUUAAAGAAAAUAUUUUUAACAAUAUCAUACCGGAAUUUGUUGUUAAUGACAAGAAUCGAUUCGAUUUUGAUGAGAAUUGUCAUAUUAUUCGUGAAUAUUUAAAACAACAUAAUCAUGAACAUUUAUCAUCACAAAUCAAUCUAGUCCGAUUCGGUAACUUGGUGCUUGAGAAAUUUUGUUCGAUAAACAGGUUUAUGGAAAAAUCAACACUUAGAUCUCGUAUAAUAAUAAUGUUGUUUAAUGUUUGCCGUAAAUUAAGAUAUGAUUCUGAUCGUUUCACCACUGCAUUGAUCUUGUCACCGACACUCAUUGAAUUGUUGGGACAUUGUAAUCUAUAUCAUAUGGAAAUCUGUGAACAAAAAUCAUUAUUAAAUUUAAGAAAAGAAGAUAUCAUUCAAUUAGAAAUUGGAGAAAAAUUGAUAGAAAAAGAUAGUCAGCUAAAGUUUUAUGUUUCAGUGUUACGUGAUAUCUAUGGAAUUGUAUCGUUAUUGCUCACGUUUACCGAAUCAUUAAUCACCAAUGAAUAUUUUCGAUCAUUAAAAAUGGCUGAAGUAUUAUUUCAAAAAUUUAUGCAUCCUUUUGUAUGUUCUUUGAAUGGAACAGAAAAUGAUGACCCCAAUAUAAAUGAUGAUUAUCGAUACAAUAUGAACAUCGAAACAAUAUCUGAAGCCUAUAAAAUAUCAAAUUUCUAUCGAAAGCAAUUUGAUCGUGUAAUACACUAUGGAAAUCGUCUAGUCGUCAUGUCCAGUAUGUUCAUACAACGUUUACUACCGUCUAUAAUAUUACCAAUCGAAGAUAUUCGUAAUCCAUUUCGAUUUCAAUAUGCACCGAAUUCGCAAACAAUUGUCAAACAAAUAAGCGAAGAUCAAGAAUAUGAAGUAGAGGAAGAUUUGUUAAUCUUUCCAGGUGGUAGUGAUGAAGAAUGUUUAGAAUCGGAAUUAUUUUCCGAAAGUGAACUUGAAGAUACUAGUACUAGUGAAAAUAAAAAAUCUAAAGAAAUUGAUAGCUCACUUGCAAAAUCUUAUUUAUGUUUUUUUCCUGAGACUAAAUUCCAUUUGAAUGAUCGCUCAAACGAUGAACUUAAACUAAGUUGUUCAUGUGAUCAGGAUCGUAGCGAAACCGAAAUGCAACAAUCAAAAAAUAAUAAUGAAGCUUGUUUAUCGAAAAAUUCUGUCAACCAACACAAUAAAAUUGAGGAUUUUAAUUGGAAAGAUACUUUUACAGCAAUUUAUGAUUCAAUUAAAACUGUCAUACCUAAAGAAGUUUUUCCAGAACCAGAAUUGAAUUUUCAUCAAAAUAAUUCAUUGGUUCAUCCAAUGACAUAUCCAUUUCUACGGAAAGCGAUUCGUCUCAAGAAUUAUCAUCAUAUAAAAUUAUUGGAUCAUGUUGGCCAACGAUUGUUUCCCGAUGAAAAUUCAAAAUAUGAGAUUGUCUAUGAUAUUGAAAAACCGAACGAUAUGAUCGAUAAAAAUCAUCUGAAAUUCGAAUCACGUUUUGAAUGCGGUAAUCUUCGCAAAGCGUUCAUACACUCAAGCACAAAUAAUGAUAAUGAAAAAGAAUACAUUUUAAUCCUAAAUUCUGAUGUUAAUUGUACAUCACAUACCCAAUGGUUUUAUUUUUACGUUGGACAAAUGCAAAAAAAUCAAAAAUAUCGAUUCAAAAUAAUAAAUUGUGAAAAGAAAAGUAUUCUAUUCAACAGUGGACAACAACCAUUAUUUUAUUCGUGUCGAGAAUUUGAAAAAUCGGGAAAAAGUUGGCAAAGAAUUCAUGAUGAUGAGCCAAUGAAAAACAAUCGUUAUAUGGUGGCUUAUUACCGAAAUCAUUAUGUUAAAAAUAAAGAAUUUAAAAAUUUGCUCAAAGGAAAAUUAUAUUAUACAUUGGAAUUUACAUUCGAAUUUCCAUAUGAAAAUGAUGAUUGCUAUUUUGCUUUCAAUGUUCCAUUCAGUUUUAGUCAACUAAAAACCUGUAUCUCUUAUUGGUCUUAUAUGGCCGAUAAUCAUAAUCGACGACAAUCAGAAAAUUCUGGUUAUCAAAUUUUUUUCGCUUCACAAACAUUAUGUUCAACAUUAAAAGGCAACGAUCUUCCAGUGAUUACGAUAACAUCGAAUGCUGAAUUCAAUAUGAAACAUUACAUAAUGAUCACUGCCAGAGUUCAUCCAUCUGAAUCAAAUUCAUCAUGGAUACUAAAAGGUUUCAUUGAUUUUCUAUUACAAUCAUCUGAUGAUCAAUCAAUCGAUGUGGCGAGGAAAAAUUUAUUAGAUAAAUACAUUUUCAAAAUAAUUCCAAUGUUGAAUCCGGAUGGCGUUAUCAAUGGCUGCACUAGAACCGAUCUACAAACAGAAGAUUUAAAUCGUCAUUGGGGGGAUCCAUCACCUAUUUUACAUCCAACCAUAUAUCAUUCAAAAAUGUUGCUACAAUGUUUACACACUUAUUCGGGUGGCCGAAAUCCCGUCGCAUUUCUUGACAUGCAUGGCCAUUCAAGACGAAAUAAUAUAUUUUCAUAUAGUUGUUUUCCAAUGUUAUCAUGGAAAAAAUCUGACCAACAAAAUUAUUAUAAAAAACAUCUACAAAAUCAUAUGUGUGUUUGUAUGAAUAGCACAACGUGUAAAUUGAAUAAUCAACUAGAAUCCGUUAAAAACAAUAUGGAUGAUCGCGUACAUUUAGCAGUGCCGCCGUAUCUUACAAUUCCAUUGAUUCUAAAAUAUCAACAAUCGCCUGCAUUUGAUUUGGAUUAUUGUUCAUUUGCCAUGCAACGAGAUCGUGAACAAACUGCUCGAUUAGUAGCAUGUCGCCAAUAUGGAAUUGUUUUGACUUAUACAAUCGAAUGUUCGGCCAGUGGUUGUGAUAAAGGUCCAUAUGCUGGACAAAAUUUAUCGAUAAUAGAAAUGGAAGAAAUGGGACAAUUUCUGGCCAAAUCAUUCAAUUUCAUUCAAUUCGUUUAUUGUUCACAACAACAUUUUCCAUUGAUACAAUUACCAGAUUGUCAAAAAUCUAUUUAUCAACAAAAUGUAAACAAAGGGAAAAUUUCUGUCAGCAAUACCAUUUUGAACAGAUGUGCACGAUCAAGAACUCCGGACAAAUCGACAACGCCGAAACAACAAAAAAUCAAACAAAUGAUUACAAACUUAUAUCCAGAUCUCAUCGAAAUGGACUCACAUUUUGUGAAUGAAUAAAAAUAGUAGCAAUAAAUAUAAAUAAAAAAUAUGGAUGAUUAAUAUUUA